CCUACACCAAUAUCAUCUCCAGCUAAAAACAGUUUCAACUCAUCAUACACAUUGUUCCAAACCAGGAGAUGAAUGGGAUAAUCCUUCUUAAUAUCAUCAAUACUCAUUAAUUUUGGACUUUCUGCCAUUUUAGUAUCACUAAAAUUAUCUGUCUAUCAGUAAUUUCAUUAUGACUAAGGAAUGACUAAUAACUUUACAAGUUUGUAUUCUUAUAUAAAAAUAAAAGGCCAUUAUACAAUUGUUAAGUGCACUGCAAUUUCCAUCUGAACUGAAAUUUAGCUGAUAAAUAAACAAGAAAUUGUAAACCGGCUGUCUACCGGCAAAAGAACGACUACCUAAAAUGAUUCUGACUUAGUAAAUACAUAACCUAUACAUUAAUAACCACCACGAAUGACAACAGGAUUAUUCACCCAACCUACAAUGUUAAUUAUCAAAGAUAUGACUAAAAAAAUGUUUCUCUAAUGAGUCAUUUUUUAAAUAACCUUAAUAAAGUACUGCAAUAUGGCUAAUAAAUAUUUAAUGACCAAGUUUUUAAUAUUUGUUUGUGGUAAGUGCACUGAUAGGAAGCUAUACAGAUAGCAGUGGUGUUUAUAGAGAUAACAGCUACUGCUUGCCUGGGUGCCAAGUGUCAGAAUUUUGACAUCUGGCUAUAUUUUCCUUAUGUAGUUUGGCCUUUUUCUGUAAGUUAUACUGGUGCCUGAUUGAUGAGAGUUAUUUCAUAUUGAGUAUGGAAGGAGUGCUCCUUAAAUGGACCAAUUAUUGGAAUGGGUGGCAAACGAGAUGGUUUGUUCUUCAAGAUGGAAUAUUGUCAUACUAUAGAUCUGCUGAAGAAGUUAAUCAAGGAUGCAAAGGUUCUAUGAAAGUUUCGGCUCUUGAAAUAACUGUCAGCAAUGUUGAUAGCACAAGGAUGGAUUUGAGUAUCCCUGGCGAAAAAAAUAUAUAUUUAAGAGCACCUUCUUCACAGGAAAGGCAGUUGUGGUUGGUGGCCUUAGGUAGUUCAAAGGCUUGUCUUACAAAUGGAAAAAGAAAAGAAUCAGUUACUGAAGCUUCCCCGGAAGCUCUCAAGUCAAAGAAGAAUGAGCUUAGAUUGUAUUGUGACCUUCUUAUGCAGCAAGUUCAUGUGAUAAAGACAGCUGCCACUCAAGAGCCUUCUCCAGAUGUAGAGAAAUUAACAGAUGGUAGCAACUUACUCAGUGCGACUUGUGAUACAUUUAUUAAGACAUUAGAAGACUGUAUGAAACUGUCCAUCUCUUCAAUCUCCCUUCAUGAAAAAGCGCAUAUGAAUGAUAAGGAGUUGAAUAAUGUAAAUUCGUUUUUACCCUUAUUUAUUAGCAAUAAUUUUAUCUUUUUAGCUCUUGUAGUAAAUUCAUAUUUUAUUUUUUAGAUUAGUAAACCUACUAUUCCUGUUAUGCGAUCAAAUUCUACUGAAAAGAAAGCUUAAGGAGUGAAAUUUUAAUUUCCUGACACAGUAUUAUAAAAAUGCAAUGCUUUUGUUAUUCUCUAUUAUUUUUUAAUAAUAUUUACAUGUAUAUAAAUGUAUGUAUUUGUAUGUACAUACCUAUACAUGAAUGUUCAUGAGUAUUUUUAUAUGAAUAUUAUGUUUUACAGUUGAUUUAUAUAAAACAAAAAAAAACAAAAAACUUUUUUCUAAUUUUUAUUGUAUUGUUUCAUAGUUAUCAUUAUUUACAUAGUUACCAAAUUUUGUUAAUUUGUAAUUUAUAAUUGAAUCUAAGAUCUUAUUAUCGUGAUACUAAGUAUUAAUGUAUUUGAAAAUGCUUAUUUUGUUUCUAUUUUUUACAUUAUUAAUUGAGUGAAAAAUAAACUAUUUAUUCAUUUGUUAGCUAAGACUAAUUAGAUACGUAUUAUAUACUUUUUUUAUUAUUUUAGAGAAAAUUAAGCACAAUGUUAGUACAUAUUAUGUUCUGUUUUGGUAUGUUUUCUUUGUAAUAUUCUGUAAAUCUCUAAACAUAAUCUAUAAAUUUCUAAGCAUGAUAUUUGCUUACAAAGAAUUGCUUACCACAAUUUACCUUAAAGGAUAAAAAUUAUUUUAUUUUAAAUUAAGCAUAUUAUUAUUCACCUGUUUUAAUUUAAAAAAUAUAUGUACUAUUUGUUUGUUUUUGUUAAACAUCAACAACUUUUCUUAAGUAAAUAGUUAUCAUUAUUUCUUUCUUUUAAUGAAAGUAAAUUUACCUUAUUUCUCUGUUAUGCUACCUAUAUUCAUGUAAAGUCAAGUUACAAUUGUAGUACUUAAUUCCUGUGUACUUUUAAUCUUCUAAAUUCUCACCAAUAGAUCACAUAUUCUUUAAAUACUUUGUUAUUCAGAUGUUAUGUACCAAACCUAUUUUGCCAUGAAGAACAGAACUCUUGGUGGAAGUAUUGCUGACUGUAAAACUUAGCUAUAAAAAGAGAAGAAUGGUUGGGGUGAUCAGUAAAAAAAAUAAAUAAUUAUAAUUAUUUUUGCCGAUGUUUUGGCCCAAAGUUAUGCCUUCAUCAGAGCUGGUCAUACAAAAUCAGAUGCAUUAAUAAGAAGUUCGAUGUAAGAAAAAGGAAAAUACCAAUAAUUAAAAUAAAUUGAACUAAUUUAAUAUAAAAACAUCCCAACUUACAGAAAAAUGAGAAACGAAAAAAGCUUUCCAGUUCCGUACACCAAACAGGGUUCUUCCAUCAUAGGCCACACUGUCCAGCCAUCUCGUCCUCAGCCUUUCUACCCAUCUUGCGAGGUGCAGCUCCUCAAUCAUUACUUUUUUGGAUAUUUCAAAAGUGCUCAUUCUGGCCACAUGCCCUGCCCACGUCAGUCUGGCAAGUUUAAUGCAGGUGACUAUGUUGAUGUCUGUAUGAAGAGAACUGAGCUCCCUAUUUUUUUUUUUUUUUCCAGACAUCAUCUUCCUUUACUGAACCAUAGAUCCUUCUGAGGACUCCUCGCUCGAACACACCUUGCUUUAUCUCAUCACUUUUCAUCAUCGUCCAAGCAUCUAGUCAUAUGUCAAAACUAGACAUACAAGAUCUUGUAUAUAAUCAGCUUGGUGUUCUUAGAGAGAUACCUACUUCUAAAGUGUUGGCCAUGUCCAAAGACACAUCUAUUGGCAGCUGUGAUCCUUCUCUGUAUUUCUUUAGCCAUGUAAUUCCUCCUAUUUACUUCAGAUCCAAGAUAUAUAAGCUUUCACUUAUAAACACAUCAAAAAUUUAAUAACAUUUUUUUUAUUUCAAAACUUUUUUAAAAUAUCAAAUAAUUGAGAAUCAAGAACAGAACCAAUUCAAAACAAGAAACGUUUUAAUGUCUAAGAACAAAAUAAACAUUACAACAAAC